AUGCGUCGUCAACGACCCGCCGACCCAGCAUUGGAACAGGCGCGUCAAGCUCAGCGCAGACCGACGCUCCCAUCACAAAAGAAGAGCGAUCGCGUCCAAGACACAUACGCGGUAUACGAUGACUUUCCGUGGGAGAAGAUUGAAGAGUUUUUGAAGACCAAAUGGCCUAGGUGGGAUUUCAAGCCGAGUCGGUUCAACGACAAGUGGGUGUUCGAAGUGCCCGAGAAACUGACAGAGGGCGAUCGAAGAGAGCUGAGGAACAGGAGAGAUGCGCCUAAGCGGACGCAGAGGCCCUCUGUAUCGCCAGAGCCCGAGUAG